UGACGCUGCAUACGGCGACAUGGCGCAACACCGUUUGUUCAGCUUGGUCGUGCUCACACUGCUUCUGGGAGCCCAGGCUCUGACCCCAUCUCAUCACCUGACGGCUUCAGAUGUUGCCAGGCUUCAAGCCGUUUUAAGUCAACCCUUCAAAGACCUGAGAUCAGCAUACUUUUCUAUUGUUGGUCUGAACAAAUUGGGAGUCUCUCUUGCUGAUGCAGAUGAAGCAUGCCAGUUCCUUAAAUCAAACCUGGACUCCACAAGUAUUGAAUCCCUGUUCUAUGCAGCAGAGGCCAGCCAAGCCAUCUCACAAUGUGAGAUUCCAGUAUCAAAUGAGACUCGUGAUCUGCUCCUGGCUGCUGUAAGCGAGGACUCGACGAUUUCCCAAAUCCACCAGGCAGUGAGUGCACUCAGCUCUCUGGGGCUUCCCCUGGCUUCACAAGAAGUAGUCAGUGCCCUUAAAACUCACAUCUCUAAGGAAGACAAUGUCCUGGCAAUCACCCUGGCCUUGCAGACUGCAUCUCGCCUCUCUCAGCAAGCAGAACUGGGAGAGAUCCUUGAGGAAAUUGAGGAUCUCGCUGCCAGGUUGGAUGAUCUGGGUGGGGUGUACUUACAGUUUGAGGAGGGUCUGGAGGCCACUGCGCUGUUUGUUUCUGCCGCCUAUGCCGUGUCUGAUCAUGUGAACGUAGAGCCCCCCCUAAAAGAGGACCAGGUUAUUCAGCUGGUGAACUCCAUCUUCAGUAAGACAUCUUGGGACUCUCUGUCUGAGGCCUUCAGUGUAGCCAGUGCUGCUGCUGCCCUUUCCAACAAUCGCUUCCAGGUUCCAGUCAUUGUCAGCACCCAGGGCCCAGCCACCGUGUCCCACAGUCAGCCCCUCCUGCAGCUUCAGGUCACAGACGUUUUAUGCCAGCCUCUGAGCUCCGCCAAUGUGGUAGUGGAGACUGCUACUGCUGUGGUCUCAAAGGCUGUGGUACUGAGCCAGGCACCCUUCAGCCUGAGAGAUGAGGUGUUUGAAUUGGACUUCAUGACCAGCCAGCCAGCCAGUGGUUACUAUCAGUUCUCUGUUGCUGUCACUGGAGACAGUCGACUGAUUGCCAACCACGUUGAGCUUAAAGUUAAAGUAUCUACUAAGGUAGCCAUCCGUAAUAUGGAGCUGUCUGUGGUGGAUAAAGACCAGAGCAUUGGAACAAAGACCACUAGUGUGGAGUAUCCCACCAAGGCAAAGGCCUCCUUCAUGGCUGAUAGCCACCAGAACUUUGCUAUGACUUUCCAUUUAACAGAUGAGACCACUGGAGUACAGCUUACUCCUCACCAGACUUUUGUGAGGUUACACAACCAAAAGACAGGCCAGGAAGUUGUGUUUGUGGCUGAACCUGACAGUAAAAACCUAUAUAAAUUUGAGCUGGACACUGCUGAGAGGAAAUCAGAGUUUGACUCCAUCUCGGGCACCUACGCUCUCUAUCUGAUUGUUGGAGAUGCUACACUGGAGAACCCCAUCCUGUGGAAUCUGGCUGAUGUUGUGCUGAAGUUCCUUGAUGAGGAGGCACCAUCAACAAUCCAAUCUAAAACUCUUUAUGUCCCUAAACCAGAGAUCCAGCAUCUUUUCCGGGAACCAGAGAAGAAACCUCCCACUGUGGUGUCAAACACUUUCACUGCGUUGGUUCUUUCGCCGUUUUUAUUGCUUCUCAUUUUGUGGUUCAAACUGGGGGCCAACAUUUCAAACUUCAGCUUUUCUCCUAGCUCCAUCCUGUUCCAUGUAGGCCACGCAGCCAUGCUGGGUCUGAUGUAUGUUUACUGGACUCAACUCAACAUGUUCCAGACGCUCAAGUACCUGGCCAUCAUAGGCAGCCUUACCUUCCUGGCUGGAAACCGCAUGCUGGCCCAGAAAGCAGUAAAGAGGAUUGCUGCAGAGCAGAGUAGUAGGUUGGCAAAAUAUAGAAGUCUGCGAUAA